GGCAAGCCGAUCUCAGGAGUUACCAAACAUGUUCGGCAACCUGCGAUCGACCAUCAUGUCCCUGAUGAUUGGCUCAUACGCAUCGUCUGCUGUCACCUUCCCUGGAAUUAAGGUGAUCUACGACUUUGGCGUCUCGUUCAUCGUCAUCAUGUACACGUGGGCUGGGCUGGCCUGCCUCGUCUUCCUGAACUGCUACGUCAACUGGCCCCUACAGGCCUUCCCAGACCCUGAGGAGGCCAGUUACGUGAAGAAGAUCAAGCUCAGCAGCCUUGCCCUGGACCACAAAGUGACCGGGGACCGGUUUUACGUCCACGUCAGCAACGUGGGCCAGAGGCUGAGCCAGAAACUUCCGGAACACGACGAGUUCAAACACCUCUCCACAGACAGUAUAGCCAAGACUGACAGCACCGAGAAAGAGAGUAAGUGGCUCACCGUCCCAACCCGCUCUUAAAGGGACGUGCGCAGC